GGUUACCAAGGGAAGGCUGGGCCGCGCGCCAUUGGUAGGUUUGAAAAUUGGCGGUUGGCGGACGGGCCUUCAGACCAGAGACGAAGCGGGAGAGACGGAGCCCGGGCCCGGCCCGAGAGGACUGACUGACACACACACAGAGAGAGAGGAGCGGACUCGGCGCGUUCAGGCGAACCCCCGGCGGCGAUGGACGGGACCGAGUAUCUGAUCAAAGUGCUCUCCAAGUUCCAAGUCGCGGAGUUCCAGCGGCUGUUGCGGGUUUGGGGGGUGUUCUCGGAAAGAAAACUGCAGAGCCUGAACUUCAACCAGAACAAGAGGGAGUUGAUCUUACAGAUUGCCACACUGUGUGAGGACAACGGAAUAACUGUAAAACAAACGGCUGAUUUAGAAAUCAUGUUUUAUUGUGCACAUCCGCAACAGAAAAGAUGGAGUGCCUAUCAGAUGUCUAGAAUGCAAGGUGAUGAGGAUGCCCACUUGGUUGAUAUAUGGAGCUUCAAGAAAAAAUUUGAAAGUAACCUUAAAUUACUUGUUAGAAAUGUCACAAUUAACAUCUUAGAACGUGGGGAUGCCUUUUGGAUUCGUAUUGCUUGGGGCAAACGGCACACAUCACCGAACCAGUUAAAAGCCUCGUAUGCAGUGUACUACCCACAGACUCCUUUCGUUUUCCUGUCUAAUCUUACUUCACAGUACAGGGUAUAUUUUUCUCAGGCACUAGUUAUUGCUGCUCAGUAUACCAUGCUCAAAGAGAUGGAUCUUUGUGGUCAUUGUUUGGACUCCCUCCGGGACAUUGCUUUUAAAAGGUUCAAUCCGGCACUUACUGCACAUCAUAGAAAACCUUUACAACAGCUGAAUGUCGCCCAGGAAUCUGUUCAAGACCCUAGAAUCACAAUGGAAAAUGCAAAAGAGAACGCUCAUGCAAAACGAUUAACGACGGCAGCAUUUGGAGACGGUCCAUUACCAAAACUGGAGGAAGUGCAGUAUAGGCUACAAACUGCCUUUAAGGAUGACCGGAAUUUGGGGAUUUUAUCAGACCGAGGAAAGCCAUUCCGAUGUAUAGCAAAAUUUUCCAGCCCAAAUAUCCUUGAAUCCCUUCGAGCCCUGUCAGCAUUGGGUAUUGUAGAUGUCCCUAUUUCAACAAUGUUCAGCAGUAUACCAGAGAAAAGAAGGAAUUAUUUCAAAGUAACAGACAGACGGACCCCUGGGCAUAAUGCUUCAGCCUCUUAAUUCUAUUGUUCAAGGACAUUUUGUAAAUACUCAUACGUUUCCUGUGGAAAACUAUUAUUCUUCACAUUACAAAACUUUGGAUUUCCCAUGUCUUUGACCCAACACUUUGCACUAUUCCAUGCAACAUUGUCUUUAUUUCUCCUUUUUUAUUUAUCCUGAUUUUCUCCACUACUCUCCUGUGUUGCUAAUUCAUGCUGGGUUAUAGCUCAAUGAUGCUCCAUCCUCCACUACCUCCACCAAGAGUGUAGUCUUCACACAAGGAGCGUUGGGGGACUGUUAUUGGACAUAUAUAACUUUGUUGUUAUGGCUGCCUGGAAUACUGCCUCAAAAGAUAAUUCCAGGCUUCACCCCCAUGAGUUAUUUGAAAGCUGUUUCUAUUUUUUAAUGAUAGUUCAGAAGCUAAUUGCAGCAUUAGUGCAACACCAGCCAAUGCAUUUACUUUAUAAGUCAUAGGAGAGNUUUUUAAAGUCCUUCCCUUGGUGCAAACUGUCAACUUAUUAAAGCAAUAUAAAUGUGCUUUUGGGCCAAGGAUUUAUAUUUUAAAGUAAUUGACUGUUGAAUUUUCCAGGUCACUAGUGUGUGUUGGAUAUUAUGCUGGUACAUUUUCCAUAUCCAUUCUGCAGUCUUAAGACGAUUUCCAACCCGAUCAUUACAUGUAAUACUUAAUGUAAACUGCUUGUUCCACGAAAUAUAUGAUGGGCAGGACAGACUUCACAUCACACUUAUUGAGUGAGUUUCUCAAAGGUUGGAGAGGUUUUGUACAUCAGUUUAAAAUUGAUAGUCUGAAACCACUUUACUAUUUAGGAAAAUAGGAGACCCUUAGUAGUUGUUUGAUCUGUUUAAGUCCUCUAACAGUAGGAGCAGUUAAAACCAGGAAUGUCAUAAAUUGUGGUUCAAUACAUCUUAAGUGGGAUUUCUCUCUGCCUGUCGGGAAAUGCUGCAUUCCCAAUGGUUAUUCCAAGUAAAGCAGUUAACGUUACAUUUUUAAUUCAUGUCUGGUAGUGUUAAACAUGACCUGAUAGUUAUAUCUUCUACUGUUGACUAUUAGCUUCCAGUUUUAACCUGUGCAGUUUUCAAUCUUUAGAAAGCAAUGUACAGUAUUUGUGAAUACUAUUUUGCAAAAAUGCAGCAAUUGUUAUUUACGAUAAUUACCUUCUCAUAUUUUGUAGAUCUUGAGAAUUCGUCUGUUUUAAUUUCUGUGAUUGCCAUGAUUUUAAAGAUUAAGAGCUCAGUAACAAUGUUGGGUUCCUAUUGAAGAGAGUACAUAUAAAAUAAAGCACAAACUUUAUAA